GAUGAUAAUACCCAUCAGUUUUUGAGAUGGUUAACUGAAUGGACUCAACAAUUCUGUAAAGAAAAAAUAACAAGGUCCGAAAUAAUAAAAGAAAAAUGUGAAGCUAUUAUUAAUGGAAAGGAUACACCUGAUAAUAUUUACUUAAUCAAGGAAGAACAAUGCAAGAAAUUAUUUAUGGAUUAUGAAAAAUGGUUUAUCUCUCUAAAUAACCAAUGGAAGGGCUUAUCUAAAAAAUACAAUAAUAUUAAGAAAAACAAAACCUCUAGUAGUAAUACACCAAAUGAGGAAUGUGCUCUAUUCUACGUAACAAAUAAAUGCAAUGAAUGUAAUUGUAAUUUGAAGGAUAUAGAAGAUAUAAGUAAAAGAGCUACUGUUAAUGAUAAUACAGUAUUAAAAGAACUCGUCAAAAUAAUAGAACUUGAUACUGAUACUUCUCGUACACAAAUACAAAAUAUAUCAAAGAAUACUAAUUUGAAUCCAAAAAGUAUAAAAACAGCUAUAGAUACUACUAAAGAAAUAGUUUCAUAUGGAUUGAUUGGUACCAUGGGAGUUACAGAACUUGGAUUACGAACAGCAGAUUUUGUUGCAAAAAAAAUUCAAGAUUUGUACAACGAAAUAAUAAAACCUGUUGACAAAAAAGCAGAUACAUCAUCUGAUAACCUUACAUUCUAUGAAAACACCAAC